AUGUGGUGGACCUUCUUUUCCUCUGCAACAGUCGCUUCCUGGCGAUUAGACCUUUGCCAGGACGCCGUUGACCGAUAUUGGCCGAAUCGCGGAAUCCUUACGGCGGUGCGGUACCGCGGCUCUACGGGAUCGUAUUGCGAGGAUGGUAUUCUCACGUUGUUUGCCGGCAGCGUUUGGGCGGAAAGGACUUCAAUCUAUGACAGCCUAGCUGGAUUGUCUGAUGCGGAGUUGGUGCCCAACCACGUGGCGCAGGCCAUUCUUGCUGCUCGGACUGUAAGCACUGAGUUGGAGGUGUUAUGGAAAGCUGUCGAUAAAAGUUCGGACGAGGGCUAA